AUGGGAGGGAGGAACUCCAAGAAAGUCGACAUAUCUGAAAAUGCGAAGAAAGGCGAGGUCAAGAGCCCGCAGGUAGACGCCACAGAGCGCAGUCCCAACGUGAAGACAGUGAACAUGACAGUCAAAACGGAGGAGAACAAGGCGUCGGAACAGCCAGCCGUUCCGGUGGGCGCUCCACAGACGCCGAUUGAAGGAGCUCCGAUAUCGGCUCCGACAGCGGCUUCAGAAACUGUCGAGUCACCUGUAGAGGCUAAAGAGGUAGCCGUCGAGAGCAUUGCCGCAGGUGUAGAAUCGCCGGCUGUAAUAAUCAAGACGCCCGAGGCUCCACCUCUGGGGGUGACCGCCGAGCAAGAAAGAUCACCUGCAGUCCCUACCGUUCCAACGUCUCCCGUAGUGCAAGACACACCGGCCGAAAUCACCGCAUCGCUAGAGAAAUCCUUGCCUUCGCAAUCAGAGGCAGCCGCGCUCACGGACCCUAUAGGUGAGACUCCUGCUCAGGCCGAAGCGGAGCCAGCUCCAGGAAUCCCAUCAUCGGAAGACAGCGAAGCUGCGGCGGUUCCGUCUGCGGUGGAAGCCACCGGAGGCUCUAACGAGGUGAUCGAAAGCCCGGCGGUGACUGCCGGUACCGUGAGCGCCGGCGCUGACGCCCCUGCCACUGAACCCGAAAGUCUUGCCGCUGAAUCCAUCGUUGCCGAAGCCACCGACCAUGAUGCCGGGGCUUCAAGUACUCCCGUUGAGGCUCGAGUCGCUGCCGCAGAGGCUUCAGUCACUCCCGACGAGGCUGCUGUCGACUCUGUCGCCGCUCCCGACGCUGCGGGAGAGGCUCCAGCAACUCCCAACGAGGCUCCAGUUGAUUCUGCUGACGCUCCGGUCGCUCUUGUUGAGACUGCGCUUGCCCCAGUUGAGACUUUGGUCGUCCCCGUUGAGGCUCCAGCCGUUCCCAUCGAGGCUCCUGCCGCUCCCGUUGAGGCUCCAGCCGUUCCCGUCGAGGCUCCUGCCGCUCCCGUUGAGGCUCCAGCCGCUCCCGUCGAGGCUCCAGCCGCUCCCGUCGAGGCUCCUGCCGCUCCCGUUGAGGCUCCAGCCGUUCCCGUCGAGGCCCCUGCCGCUCCCGUUGAGGCUCCCGUCGCGCCUGUCGAGGCUCCAGUCGCUCCCUCUGGGACAGAGGUUCCCGUUGUACCAGCUGAAGCUUCCAACGAUCCAGCGGGAGAUUCAGUCCCUCCGACUGAAACUACCGCCAUCUCAGCGGAACCCUCCGUCGCCCCCAUCGAAGCUUCUGAUGCUCCUACUGUAUCUCCUCUCGACGUAGGAGAACUCAGCAACGGCGACGCCAAUAUCGUAGAUCUGGAAGCUCAACCUGAUAACAAGAUUGAGGUGAGGGUCUAA